CUUACUAGAUUAAAUAUUUAAAGGAAUACUUUUAUUUAUCCUCGAAUCACAUCUCCAAGUGGUUCACACUAGAGGUUGUUGGGACUCCGCCCGCGCUCGCGGAUGAGCGGAGGACUCCUCUCAGGUACCAGGAGGCUCCUCGGAGGAGGUUCUGGAGGAGGUGGGGUCACAGCUCGGUUGUGUUUGAAGCUCAGAGCUGAGAGGAAAGCUGUGCGGGAGAAACUUUAUCCACGGAGAGGAGUUUAAACAUUUCAUGAACUUUCUCUGACUUGUAGAGGGUGGAGACGAAAUCUGCACAGGAAUGCAUCUGAAUACCGUCUAUUGCUGGGACAGAUCUGUAUCGCACAGACACACAGACUCCAUCCUGAACACAAUCCCGCCUCUGUCUCCGCUCUGCGUCCCUGUCAUCUCUGCACACCUCACUGCACAGCAGCUGAGUGACGGGCUGGAGAUUGUAGCCCAGCUCGUCAGCAGCCGGCGUUAAUUAAACCUUCAGCAUCGUAUGUGCAGCUGACGGUCACCACACCGGAGCUCUGAGCUGCCAGAUGAGAUUAUCGGCGUGAUCCUCUUGAUGGGGUCAAAUAGUUUCAUCUGAUGGUGGCUGCUGGGAAAAUUCAUGGAUGUGGAUCGGAAGUUUUUACUGACUUAACCACGGUGCCCCAACAUGCAUGUCGGCAUUCAUCUCAGCCUCCUCUUAGCUGUGGUGCUCCUCAAAGUCCAGCGAGGCGCGGCGGUCCAGGAGAUCCAAAGCAGCCAUGACAACAUUGUCAAGAUCAACUCGGCGGCAGACAUGAUGCAGUGCUCUUCAGCCAUGGACAUCCUCUUCUUAAUGGACGGCUCCUACAGCAUGGGGAAGGGAAGCUUUGAGAGGUCCAAACACUUUGCAGUCAAGCUGAGCCAAGCUUUAGAUAUUGGACCCGACAAGGUCCGAGUGGGUCUGAUUCAGUUCGGUUCUGUUCCCCGGCUGGAGUUUGCCUUGGAUUCCUUCUCCAACAAGCAGGAGCUGAAAAGGCACAUGAAGAAGAUCUCCUACAGGGGCGGGGGCACCCAGACCGGCUUGGCUCUGAAGUACAUCCUGAGGAAAGGUUUUCCAGGCGGCCGCAACUCCUCCAGCGUCCCCCACAUCGCCAUCCUGCUGUCGGAUGGGCGGUCUCAGGGCAGCGUGGUGCAGACGGCAUCACAGCUCAAAGAGACAGGCAUGGUCUUGUUCGCCGUCGGCCUGCGUUACCCGAAGUGGGAAGAACUCCACGCUCUCGCCAGCGAGCCAAUGGAGAGCCACGUUUUCUUUGCAGAGCAUUUCCAGGAUGCCGUGAACGGCCUGUUCACCACGCUGACGUCCUCGUCUGUCUGCAACGCCACGCCUGCAGGAUGUCAAGUGGAGUCGUUCCCUUGUGAGAGGAAGACACUGGAGACACAGAAAAAGCUGCAGGGAAACUUCAUGUGCUGGAAGGGCUCCAAGGGGUAUUCCCCGUACACCUCUCUAUGCCCCUACUACAGCUACAACCGGGUCUACAAGAAGCACCAGACGGUUUGCCACAGGACCAUCUGUCCAGAUCCGUGCGAUUCCCAGCCGUGUCUGAACGGAGGCUCGUGUGUAUCUGAAGGUCCGGACGGUUUUCACUGCGUUUGUCUUCCAGGUUAUGGAGGAGAUCCUCACUGCGCUCCUGCUUUGUCCUUGGACUGCUCCGUAGAUUUGCUCUUCCUCCUGGAGGGCUCUUCCUCCCUCACUCUAGAAGGCUUCCUGCGGUUCAAGUCCUUCCUGAAGCGCUUCCUCCAGACGGUGAUCGGCUCGGACAGCCCCAGCAAAGUAGGGCUCGCCGUGUUUGGACGGGAGACUCGAGUGGAGGUCCAGGUCGGGAAGUUCAAGAGGAACCUGGGGGGGUUUCUGAAGGCUGUGGACGCACUUCAGUCGCCUGGUGGUCAAACUCUGACCGGCCAGGCACUGCGCCACGUCACCCGCCACGGCUUUGUGAGUGGCGUUACAGACAACCUUCCCCGCGUGGUGGUGCUGCUCACCGCCACCCCCGCCGCCGAUGAGGUCAUCGAAGCCGCAAAAUAUGCACGGGAUCGAGAGAUAUUCCUGAUAGGGGUGGGACCAGAUUUCCUGAAGGCUCAGCUGAAUAAUAUCACUGGAAAUCCUCAAAGGACUCUCACCUACUCGACACCCGACAGGCUGAACGAGAAGUUACCCGAGCUAAAGGCCAAGAUCUGCAGCGUGGAUACUCAAGGUUGCCUGGGUCAAGCGGUAGACCUGGUGUUUGCCCUGGAUGCCUCAGCUAGUGUUGGCCGCGAGAACUUUGCCGUCCUGCGCGACUUUGUGCGCAGCAUCACCGUCCAGUUCGACAUCAACCGGGACUUGGCUCAGGUAGCUCUCGUGACUUACAGCCGAAAAGCCUCCACCGUCUUCCGCCUGGACGCCCACGAGACCGGCUCCGUCAUCCUCAAGGCGGUGGACGAUGCUAGCUACACGGGCGGGGCGGGGUCAUCGGGCGCCGCUCUACUCCACGUUUACUCCAACGUCCUAACCGUUGCUAACGGCGCAAGGCCUGCAGUCAACAAAGCUGUGGUGUUGCUGACUGACGGUUCGGGCGGCGAAGACGGCGUGGUGCCAGCUCAGAGGAUAAGGGACAGCGGAGUUUCAGUUUUUGUAGUCGGAGUUGGAGACGUACAGAGAGAGAGGCUGGUGAGGAUCGCAGGUUCGGAGGAUCACAUGAUAUCUGUUCCGUCUUACGAGGAACUCAAGUACUUUGAAGACGUACUGGUGCAGAUGCUGUGUGCAGAUGUGAAGAAACCAGUAAAUCUGUGCAAACCCAACCCCUGUAUGAAUGGCGGGAGCUGCAUCCUGUCUGGAGGAAGCUUCCGGUGUCGAUGCCAAGACUAUGAAGGACCUCACUGUGAAAGAAGAAGCAGCAGCUCUCCGUCCAGAGGGGAUCGUCCCAGGCCUGCAGGUCUGAGGAGGAAGAGCAGACAGAAGAAGAGCCACCAGGAGCUCCUGCAUCGCUACAAACUUCACCGCAGAAGACACGCCGCUUGAUGGAUGAGACGGGGAGCAGAUGGGAAGACUUCAGGCAUAAACAGAGCGGAGAGAAAGGGAUUCUCGAUGUUUAAAGCUGUAAUGUACAUAAAUGCAUCCUUUAUGUGACGUGAACGUAUAUAUUCUGUUUUUAAACAGUCUUUAUGUUUAUCCAACUCAGAUGUUUUAUAGUUUCAGGAGGAGAUUUGACUUUGAAACAUUUUUUUAAUACAAUUGCUAAAAUUGUGCCUAUUUAUUAAAGAGUUGCAUGACUUCUGUGUA